CCUAUCGCGGGGGCAAUCUCUCUUUCACACACUCUCACUCAAUUCAUCUUCUGCCGCAGACAUGGCGUCCGUACCAGUGGUUGUGAAGCACCAGGGCAAGAAGUACGAUGUCGAGCUUGACCCGACCUCCACCGGUGAGACGUUCAAGAUGCAGCUCUUCUCCCUCACCGGCGUCGAGCCCGAGCGCCAGAAGGUCCUCGUCAAGGGCGGCCAGCUCAAGGACGACACCGACAUGUCCAAGCUCAACGUCAAGCCCGGCCACACCUUCAUGAUGAUGGGCACUCCGUCGGGCGAUGGCGCGGGCGCCAUCGAGAGGCCCAAGGAGAAGAUCCGCUUCUUGGAGGACAUGACCGAGGCCGAGGCCGCCCAGGCAGUGGGCGCGACGCCCGCCGGUUUGCAGAACCUCGGAAACACCUGUUACAUGAACUCGACACUGCAAACGCUCAAGGCCAUCCCCGAACUGCAGCAGGAGCUGCAGCGCUACCAGCCUGGAUCGUCCGCAGGCAGCUCCGACCUUAGCCGUUUUGGGCUCGGAGGUCUGGGAGCCACGAGCGACCUCACGCAGUCGCUGCGUGAUCUGUUCAAGCAGAUGUCCGAGACACAGGAGGGCUUCCCGCCCAUGAUGUUCCUCAACGCUCUGCGCACCGCUUUCCCCCAAUUCGCGCAGAGGGCCAAGGACGGACACGGAUACGCACAGCAGGAUGCGGAGGAGGCAUGGUCGCAGAUCGUCACUCAGUUGCGCCAGAAGCUGAAAGGAAGCAAUGGCGAAGCUGCAGACUCCUCCUUCAUCGACAAGUAUAUGAGAGGCAGCUUUGAGUCGGUAAUGGAAUGCGACGAGUCGGCUGCAAAGGAGGGCGGCGAGGAGCCUAUUAAGGGCUCGGAUGAGUUCCUCAAGCUGAACUGCCACAUCACGUCCGAGGUGAACCAUUUGCGGGAGGGCAUGCAAGCUGGUAUGGAAGAGAAGAUCGAGAAGAACUCUGAGGUCCUUGGCCGUAACGCCAUGUAUACGAAGACUUCGCGCAUCACGAGGCUGCCGAAGUACCUUCCUGUCCAUUUCAUGCGCUUUGACUGGCGCAGGGAUACGAACAAGAAGGCCAAGAUUAUGCGGAAGGUCACAUUUCCCCAGGAGUUGGAUGUUGUCGAGUUUUGUUCCGAAGACCUGAAGAAGCUGCUCAUCCCAGUUAGGGACAAGAUCAGGGAGAUUAAGAAGGAGGAGGAGGAUGUUGAGCGGGCCAGGAAGAGGCAGAAGCGGAUGCAGCAGGAGCAGGGAGGUGCCCAGCAGGAGCAGAAGGGCAAGGGACCUGCUACUGAACAACAGGCCUCUUCUGGAAAGAAGGAUGACAAAAAGGAUGACAAGAAGAAAGCCUCCGGCAGCGGCGACGUCGAAAUGGAGGAUGUCGUCUACAAGACCGACGCGGAACUCGAGGCUGAGCGUGCUGCUUCGAUCUUGAAGGCGAAGAAGGAGCUCUUGGCUUUGGUUGACGCUAAGCUCACGUCGGACGAGGGCUGUAACCAGUCGGGUCUCUAUGAGCUGCGCGGUGUUAUCACUCACCAAGGUGCCACUGCCGACAGCGGUCACUACACCUCGUUCGUCAAGAAGGAGGGUGAUAAGGACUUGAAGACUGGCAAGCGCAAGGAGGAGGAUGGCAAGUGGUGGUGGUUCAACGAUGACAAGGUUUCUGAGGUCGAGUUGGACAGGAUUGAGUCCUUGUCUGGCGGAGGCCAAAGUCACUCCGCUUUGAUUCUCCUCUACCGCGCAGUUCCUCUUCCCUCGAAGGAGGAGAUUGAGGAAGCGUCCCAGGCUUCUACCUAAGCAGCACACAUAUAAGAUGACGUUGGCCAUGUCUUCUAUGGGGUGCGCAUACUGGUAAUGGGCUUGGGAUUGUAUGAGUGAUGAGCAUAGCGUGCAUUGGUGAUAGAUUCUUGCUCGCUUUCGAGCCACAUAGAACGGGAUGAUGGCACAUUAAGAGCCUGAAGAGCUUCAAAUAUUAGUAUUCCAUAACCAUACCUUCCAC